GACAGCUGGGCCGUCAAUUGUUGUCCUACAAAAUUUGUCAAUUAAUAUGAACAGCUGUCUAUCUUUUAAAGUUUAGUUUUCAUAAUUGAAACAUCCUAGGAAAUUAUUGCAACUGAUGUUGAGUAAACAAUUAAGAUUAUCAAAAUUUGUAGUGAACUAAGUUGAGAUUUUGGGUUUUCUUUAGAAUAGGAUGUCGAUUCCUCCACUUGUUUGCAGUACUCCUCCACCUCCUGAACAAUGUGAAGACGACAAAGACCACGAAGAUUUUGAUAUUACAUACAAUUUAUCACAAGAAGAUGAUGAUGAAUAUAACUCUGAAUUCAACUAUGGACAUUAUUCUGGUUACAAUAUUUUCCCUCCUAAAUCAGAACAAAUUGAAAAUGAAAAUUGGUCCUCAAAUUUUAAUGAAAAUAUACAAAUAAGAACUGAAACAGUUUUGAAAUCUGAUGAAAAUACAGCAAGUGAUGUCAAUUUAAUUGUUAAUGAUAAUGAUAAAUUUGAAGACAACAUAAUAGAAGACUUAAAUUUAAAAGUUGAUUCCAAUAAUGUACAUUCCAAUGAUAUAGUUACUAAAGAAUGUGAGACUGAACCUGACAUUUAUAAUAAUGAUUGCUCUGAUAAAAACUCUAUGAUACAAGAUCAAGGAGGUACAGAUUCUGUAGAAAAUUUUGAAGAAAAUACAAUUGCUUCUACUGAAGCUUUUGAAUCUGCAACUGCAAAUGAUAAUGAUAGACUGGUUUUUGGAAAUAAUGAAUUUGAAAAAAAUGUUGAAAAUUUUUCUGAAGACUUUCCUGAGAUUACAAAAGCAGAUAAUAAUAAUUCCUUAAACGUUGAAACAAAUGUUCUACCUGAAAUUACAGUAUUAACAAAUGUACCGGAAAUUACAGAAAAUGUUGAUCAGAUGAAAAGCUCAAAUUUAAGUAUUGAUGAAUUUGGAGAUUUCGAAGACUUUCAAUUUACCAACUCUAACACUUCUCAAGUGCUGCCAAUUAAUAGCGAAAAUCCUUGGGAUAACAAUGCUAAUGAAAGUUCCGAUUUUGGUGACUUUAGAGCUAACUUUGAUGAAAACACAGAGGAAAAAAGUGAAAUAUCAAACUGCCACAAAAACUCUACAGCAGAUGAAUGUGACGACGAUUUUGGAGAUUUUGAUGACUUUAAGUCUGUUAAUAAUGUAGAAAAUACAGAAGAUAAAGAAGAAUCUUUAAAUAGCAAUGUUUCCAUGUUAAGUCUUCAUUCAACUGAAAAUGAAUUGCAAAUAGUAGACAGCAUAAACAAUGUUUUAAAUUCGAUAUUCACAAACGAAAUAUCUGAACCUGAGAAUGAUAUAGAUAUGAAACUUGAACAAUUUCUUAGUGAAACAUGGGGUCAUCUAAUUGACAUAGACAUACGACAACCAUAUAUUAUCAACUGGAACAACUCUUUGGGUCAAAAAACACUUUUGAAGGCAUUAUGUAUAGACUCCAGGAACAUAUUAUUCGGACCCAAGUGGAACUACAACACGCCAAAAUAUGCAACAAACUUAAGUACAGCACCGCUACAACCUCAAAAGCAAGUUGUUCAGUCAAAUAUUUCGAGUGCUGAGUCAAGUGAAAAAGUUCCAAAUAAGGAAGUUACCACAUGGAUUGACCCAUUUACACCGGAUGGACAAGAAUCUUGCAGUCCAGACAGUGAUAUUGCCAAAUCUGAAACAAUGAAAAGGCCAACAGAUUUAGAUGUUUUUGGAAAUGAAUUAUCUACAAAUUCAAAUAAUAUUUACUCUAGUACAAUUAAUGUUCAACCAUUGCGACAUAUCAACCUACCUGAUACACAUAUUUUUACACCAACUGAUUCUGAAACACCAAGAUCUAAAACAAUUCACUAUGAUAGUGAACCAUCUUCACUUGCAACUCAACCAGAUGUAGAAAACAUCAAUAACAAAUCAGAACAAACUAUUUUGCAAUCAAACAGUAUACCUGACAAUGAUAAUGAGUAUUGGGAAUUCCAAGAUUUUAAGGGAAUAAUUACACCUGUUUCUACAAAUAUGGUUGACCAAACAGCAGAACCAUCAACUGUAGUUAAAUCAUUGUCUAACAUUCCAACUACAAAGGCAGAAAUUACAUAUCAAACUCAAAUUUUACAACCUAUUAAAUUAGAACCUAUCAUUCCAACACUUAAUUGGCCCGAUCCAGGUGAAGUGAAGGAAACUUUUGAAGAUUUUUCUGAUUUUGUUUCAAGCAACUCAUGGAAUGAAAAAGAUACUACAACUUCUAAAACUGAUGUACAAACAUUUGAUCCAAAACUGAACACAGUAGAAUUAGAAGCUAACAUUAAUAAAAUAGAUGAUGAAUUUGAAACAUUUCAAUCUGCCCCUGUUUCAAACACAGAACUGGAUUUCUCUUCGAAUGCAAAGAAUACUAUUUCAAAUAGUUUUUCUUCACCAAUGACAGAAAACCUCGAAAAUACGUCUUUGAAAAUAGAAAGUAACAUUGUAACUGGAUCAAAUAAUUUGUUAGUAGAAAACAAAGGUUCAAUAUUUACUAAUAAUUCUGGCUUGCAAGAUGUGACUUUAAAAAAAACUGAUGUUAAACCUAAUAAUCAGUUUAACAGUGAUAUUUUGCUACCGAUAACCUCAAGCGCAGGCGCAACAGUACGCAAUCAGCAUAACACAGUUCAAAUAUUGCAACCUCUGUCUCUUGAAAGUUAUUCUCAAAUUAAUUGGCCUAAUCCAGGAAUAGAUCUGCAAGAUCUUUCGAGAUUUAAUCCGAUGAAUAGUCUUGAUUCUUUAAAAAGUGAUGUUAGUGCUAGUAAUAGUAAGAUUGCGUCACCAGCUCACAAUUCCUCUCAUACUGUUCAUCAUGAAGUGGCAGAUGAUGAUAUUUGGGGCGAAUUUGUCUCGAAUGUUCCAAAAACACAGCAAAUAUCUCCUAAGAAAAAUAUUACAUUUGCUGACGAUGAUGAAUGGACAGACUUUGUAUCAAGUCCUAGUUUAAAACCCCAAAACGGUUUAAAUACAAUUAGUUUAAAUGUUCACACCAAUUCCAGUUUGCAAAAAGCUGCCAAUCAAAAUAAAUUCGCAUCUGGAAGUAAUCAAAUACAGCUUGAUAUUCCAAGUUUAAAUUACAUAACACCAAAAUCGAAUAGCCGUGGAAAGUAUAUGGAGAAGCAUUUCCAAAAUUUAUAACAGUACAGCAAUCAAUUUCACAUUGGUAUAUACAAUAAUGUACUUAACAUAGUAAUGUAAGUGUAAAUAGUGUGGUGGUGGGAUAUAUAUAAUUGAAUAUUUUACCAAAUUAUGCAGCUAAUUUAUUUUCGAAUAUAAUUAAUUAUAAUCUUAAUUUUUGACAUUAUUUGAUCAUAAUUCAAUUUUUUAAUAAUAUUAUAUAAGUGUAUUAAAUGAAAUUCCCGUCCUCGAUAGAUACAUUUCAAGAAUUUCAACAAUUUUCUUUUUGUAUAGAUGAAUAUUAUCUUAUUGCAUUAGUGUUUUUUUUAAAAGCAAUAUUUAUUAUCUAGAUCUUUUAAGAUAAAGUAUUAUAUUGUUUGUAAAUAAUGUUAAAAAUGUAUAAAAUGUAAAAAAUAGAUAAUUUUAUCAUCACAUUAAAACAUUGUACCGCAAAUUAU